AUGUUGUUGGAUCAGGAGGCGUUGGCCAAGUCAUCCGAGAUGCACCCAGAGGUUCUCGAGGGGACCCUUCAGAUGAUUGGAGACGCCGAAGCUGCAAUCACGGAAGAGUUCAAGGAGAUUCCCAUGCGAGACGGCUACCAGAGCACAAUCAAGAUCCAUCGCCCUACCAAACCUCCGGCAUCCGGUAGUCCCGUCAUCGUCUACUACUUUGGUGGCGGGUUCAUCGGCGGAGAUAUGCACCAGGCCACAGCGGCUGCGCGUGCUUGGGUCAGAUUGUUCGGCGCUACAGUCGUUACUCCCUCCUAUCGUUUGGCUCCAGAGCACAAAUUUCCCACCGGCCAGAACGAUGCCUGGGACAGCUUCAAAUGGGUUGACGAACACGCUCAUGAGCUCGGCGCUGACCCGAAGCUCGGCUUCAUCGUCGCAGGUGCCUCUGCCGGGGGCGUAUGUGCCUCAGCCAUUGCCACUCACGCGAUCGAGAACCCCCCGAGGAACACCAUCACGGGACAGUACCUUUGUGUGCCAUCCAUCAUGGACAAGGAGGGAUGUCCCGACAAGUUCAAGCCUUACUUCCUUGCCUUGGGGCACAACAAAGAUGCACCCAUCCUAUCGGCCGAUUCCCUGAGGUCUAUCGCCGACCACACUGGUGCUGAUCCCAGGUCUCCUUGGAGGCAUCCUGUUUACUCCAAGGCUCCGCUUUUGAAGCAGCCGCCAGCUUACAUCCAAGUGGACGGAAUGGAUCCUCUCCGAGACGACGGCCUCAUCUGGGACGAAAUGCUCAAGGAAGCCGGCGUCAAGACCAAGAUCGACUUCUACCCAGGCUGCCCCCACGCCCAUUUCGGCUUCUUCCCAGGUAUCGGCAUCACGAUGAAAGGGAUCAGCGACCAAAUGGUUGGCGUCGGAUGGCUGCUGGGAAAAGACAUCUCGCCUGAGCAGGGACUCGGGGGGUUGAUGCCCCAGGCAGCGUAA